UAUUAAACAUUCACAAUGUAUAUGUUUUAAAGGUAGAAUAAUGUAUUUGUUGCAGUAAGAUACGCAUCACCUGGACAGAUAAUCGCCAGAGUUCCGUUUCCCAUAUCAACAAGGGGACGUGUUUAACCAGUGCACCACCUCAAGUUGUAACUUUCGUUUCCUGGGUCGGCCGAGUGUCAUAUACGAGAGGAUAUUCAUUUUUAUUUUAAACUAAGCCACAUACAUAUCAGCCAACAACCACGCUAAGAAAAUGCUCCAAACAUUGUGCCGGACCGGUGGUGCUGUUUUAAAGCAUUCCCAGAGGACAGUGCCCACAGUGCCAGUGUUGUGGGCGACACAAGCCCAGCAGCGAUGGGCAUCCAGUCUACCCAUGAACACUGUGGUUCUGUUUGUACCACAACAAGAAUCCUGGGUUGUGGAAAGGAUGGGCCGCUUCCAUCGCAUCUUGGAGCCGGGCUUGAAUAUCCUUAUCCCAAUCCUGGACAAAAUUCGUUAUGUUCAAAGUCUUAAAGAGAUUGUUAUUGAUGUCCCAGAGCAGUCUGCGGUCUCUUUAGAUAAUGUGACACUACAGAUAGAUGGAGUCCUCUAUCUUAGGAUAUUGGAUCCUUUUAAGGCCAGCUAUGGAGUUGAGGACCCAGAGUAUGCUGUCACCCAACUUGCUCAGACCACCAUGCGCUCAGAGUUAGGAAAACUGACCCUGGACAAAGUAUUCAGGGAAAGAGAGACCCUAAAUACCAACAUAGUCCACUCCAUAAACCAGGCAUCAGAUGACUGGGGAAUCCGUUGCCUUCGUUAUGAAAUCAAGGAUAUACAUGUUCCACCUCGUGUCAAAGAGUCCAUGCAGAUGCAGGUGGAGGCAGAGCGUAAGAAGAGAGCCACUGUGCUGGAGUCGGAAGGGCACAAGGAAGCAGCCAUCAAUGUUGCUGAGGGUCGCAAGCAAGCUCAGAUCCUGGCCUCGGAAGGACAGAAAGCAGAACAGAUCAAUAAUGCAGCUGGUGAGGCCAAUGCUGUCUUAGCCAAAGCAGAGGCCAAGGCUAAGGCUAUCCGGUUGUUGUCAGAGGCUCUAGCUGAGCAGAAUGGAAACGCGGCAGCCUCCCUCAGUGUGGCUGAGCAGUACGUCUCAGCUUUCUCCAAGCUAGCCAAAGAGUCCAACACUAUCCUGCUGCCCUCCAACUCUGGUGACAUCAGUGGCAUGGUCACACAGGCUAUGGCUAUUUAUGGCAGCCUGGCCAAGCAAAGCUCAAAAAAUAUAGAAUGUGUGACCCCAGUGACCCCAGAGUGGGCGAUGGAGAAGAGUGAGGACCCUGCACCACCAGCCCAGUAGUGAAUGAUGUCAAGACCACUCAGAGUCAGGCACAGAACAACCACGAGUGCCUGUUCAGCACCUCUGUCUGGCCCAAAGGACACGCUGCAGGACAUAGAAACAGAAGGGCAGGAUAAGAACGUAAAAACUUUGGGAAUGCUUAACAGCCUGGAAACAUCAACCCAUUUGAGACAAUACAUGUCACUUACACUGUUUUAUUUUGAAUGAGUGGUAUUGUACACAGUACGUACACACGUUCCAAUUGCAAAUCCACGAGCUGUCGUAUUGAUACUCUUCUCUUGCAUCAACAGAUCAAAGGACUGCAGUGGUAGGUAUGAUAGUAAACUGCUAGACUGGUUUAGGGCGUUCUGAAUUAGCUCCCGGGGAAUAGGAUAUGAUCUAUUUUAUGUGAUGUACUGUUGCAAUGAUAAUCUCCUGUCUUCUUCAUGUCCAAUUAUUUGUCCUUCAUAUGUUUUAAUUUCAUAGUCUCAUGAAUGUUUUAGUUCAUGUAAGUGAGAGCUUGUGCCCUGACAUUAAGAUCCUCCCUGGUUCAGAGCAAGCAGAGAAGGGAACAAAGGUCAGAUUUAAAUAUAUAGUGUCGGUCAAAAGUUUGGACACACCUACUCAUUCAUGAGUUUUUCUUUAUUUUCACUAUUUUCUACAUUGUAGAUUAGCAGUGAAGACAUCAAAACUAUGAAAUACCACAUAUGGAAUCAUGUAGUAACCAAAAAAGUUUCAAAAAUUACCUCAGAUCAAAAAUACAUUAUGGAAGUGCAAUGUUUUAUUUCACAUCAAUACCAGAUCAAAAGGGUAAUCUGUGAAUGAGGAAUGUUUGACAUAACAUAGGAAAUGUGUAUACAUUCAAUGACAAUACACUAUCCUAACCAAAAUACCAAUAAAUGGCCUUCCAUGUACAAUUUUAAUGAUGAUGCUGUCACUAUUAAAGGAUUUGUGACUGGCUUUAGGGAAGAUUGUAACAUCUCAUCAUAAUAAAUCUUGGGGAAAUUAUCGGUUUGAAUGAUUUGGAAGUGUACACAGCAGGGAUUUCAUAUUUUUUUAUUUUUCCAUAUUGUUCAUUGUAGUAAAUAUACAUACAAAAUUCAGUCACUGAAAGUUUGAAAAUUAAAUCUCAGUAAAAAAAAAAAUCAUUUAUCAUGAUUUCCACCACAGUAUGCAUGUUACACAUAGAAGCCUCAGGGAGGGGCUGUUGAGUUAUUUAGGGAUAUUUUGUCUACUAGUACCAGCCAAGCCACUUACAGCUUUUCUAAACCAUUUCUGGUGACUGACUGAUCUACAAAUAAUGAGUAGUUAUUUAUGUGGCAAGGUGAUUUGUGGAUCAGUCAAGGCGCCUGUUGCCAGCGAUGUCACACUAGCCCCUACUCUUGCUGUUCCACCACAGCUGCUACAAUAUCACCAAUUAUAUGAACCACCCCAACCAAAGCUGUAGGUGAUCCUAAUGGCUGCAUUAGGUAUAAUGACAUCAUUCAGACUCAACAAUGAAAAGGUGUUGGCCACCUAGGGAUGUAAAGUAUGUAUUUUAAUGUAAGGGAAAAAUAUACUGAACAGAAAUAUAAACGCAACAUGUAAAGUGUUGGUUCCAUGUUUCAUGAGCUGAAAUGAAAGAUCCCAGAAAUGUUUCAUACACAAAAAGCUUAUUUGUCUCAAAUGUUGAGCACAAAUUUGUUUACAUUCCCAUUAGUGAGCAUUUCUUCUUUGCCAUGAUAAUCCAUCCACCUGACAGGUAUGGUAUAUCAGUAAGCUAAUUAAACACCACUCUAAAAUGUGCAGUUUUGUCACACAACACAAUGCCACAUGUCUCAAGUUUUGAGGGAUCGUGCAAUUAGCAUGCUGACUGUAGGAAUGUCCACCAGAGCUGUUGCCAGAUAAUUUAAUGUUCAUUUCUCUAGCAUAAACUGCCUCCAAUGUCGUUUUAGAGAAUUUGGCAGUACAUCCAACUGUAAACACGCAAGCCCAGAACAUCCAAAUCCGGCUUCUUCAUCUGUGGGAUCGUCAGACCAGCCACCCGGACAGCUGUUUGUAAUAAAGCCCUUUUGUGGGGAAAAACUAAUUCUGAUGAACUGGGCCUGGCUCCCCAGUGAAAUCCAUAGAUUAGAGCCUAAUGAAAUUAUUUCAAUUGACUGAUUUCCUUAUAUUAAUUGUAAUUUAGUAAAAUUGUUGCAUGUUGCAUUUAUAUUUUUGUUUGGUAUACAAUGGUUCAUCAUUUCCAUGUCAAUGGACAAUAAAGGUCUAACAAUAUGCA